AUGGGGGAUGGAUUUGCUCUGGCGUUGGGUCCCCGCGUGGCCACCCUGGUCCUGGCGGUCCAUCUCCUGCAGUGGCAGGUGCAGGGGCUGAUGCGACGUCCCGGCAUCGGGGACGAGAGGGGGGAGCUGCUCCGCCGCGCGAAGAGGGGUUGGGUUUGGAACCAGUUCUUCGUCCUGGAGGAGUACACAGGACUGGAGCCUCUGUACAUUGGAAAGCUGCACUCCGACAUGGACCGGGGCGACGGCUCCAUUAAGUACAUCCUGUCGGGCGAGGGGGCGGGCACCAUGUUCACCAUCGACGACAGCACGGGCGACAUCCACGCCAUCCAGCGCCUGGACCGCGAGGUGAAGGCCCAGUACGUGCUCCGGGCCCAGGCCCUGCAGAGGCAGACGGGCCGGCCGCUGGAGCCUGAGUCCGAGUUCAUUGUCAAGAUCCAGGACAUCAACGACAACGAGCCCAAGUUCCUGGACGGGCCCUACCAUGCCACCGUGCCAGAGAUGUCAGUUAUAGGGACGUCCGUCAUCCAGCUGACAGCCACUGACGCUGACGACCCCACCUACGGCAACAGCGCCAGGGUGGUGUACAGCAUCCUGCAGGGCCAGCCUUACUUCUCCGUGGAGCCCAGGACAGGCAUUGUCCGGGUCUCCCUGCCCGACAUGGACCGCGAGGUGAGGGAGAACUACUCCGUCAUCAUCCAGGCCAAAGACAUGGGCGGCCAGCUCGGGGGACUGGCGGGCACCACCACCCUCAACAUCACCCUGACCGACGUCAACGACAACCCGCCCAAAUUCGCCCAGAAGCUCUAUCAGAUGAGCGUUCCCGAGUCUGCCCCGGUAGGCUCGGUCGUGGGUCGGAUCAGAGCCAAGGACAGGGACGAGGGGAUCAACGCUGAGAUGAGGUACACCAUCAUCGACGGGGACGGCAGGGACUCCUUCGACAUCAGCACGGACCCUACCAACCAGUUCGGCAUCAUCACCAUCAAAAAGCGGCUGGACUUUGAGAGCAAGCGGAGCUACACGCUGAAGGUGGAGGGGGCGAACACACACCUGGACCCCCGCUUCCUGAGCCGCGGCCCUUUCAGUGAUGUCACCAUUGUGCACGUCAGCGUGGAGGACGUGGACGAGCCCCCGGACUUCGCCGCCCCCUUCUACUUCGUGGAGGUGCCCGAGGACCUGGAGAUCGGCACCGUCUUCAAGACCGUCUCCGCCCGCGACCCGGACGUGGCCAACAAUUCCAUCAGGUAUUCCAUUGAGAGGGCAAGUGACCCGGAUAAGUACUUCUACAUCGACAUCACAUCAGGGGCACUGAUGACAGUGCAGUCGCUGGACCGGGAGCUGCUGUCCUGGCACAACAUCACCAUCCUCGCCAUGGAGAUGAAUAAUCCCACUCAAAUCGGGAGCGUGUCUGUCACGGUGAAGGUCCUGGACGUGAAUGACAACCCCCCCGAGCUGUCCCAGUACUACGAGGCUUUCGUCUGCGAGAGCGCCAAGGCCGGCCAGCUGAUUCAGACGGUGACAGCUGUGGACCCGGACGACCCCCUGGGAGGUCAGCACUUCUACUACAGCCUGGCACCCGAGGCCGCCAACAACCCCAACUUUACCCUCCGAGACAACCAAGACAACUCUGCGUGGAUCCUGACGCGGCGCGGCGGCUUCUCGCAGCUGGACCAGAGCGUGUACUACCUGCCCAUCUUCAUCUCGGAUGGCGAGCAGCCCGUACAGACAAGCACCAGCACGCUGACCAUCCGCGUCUGCAGCUGCGACGGCGACGGCAACGUGCUGUCCUGCAACGCCGAGGCCUACACCCUGCCCGUCAGCCUGAGCCGCGGCGCGCUCAUCGCCAUCCUGGCCUGCAUCUUCGUCCUGCUAGUCAUGAUCCUGCUGAUCCUGUCGCUGCGGAACCACCGGAAGAAGCCGUACCUGUCGGAUGAGGAGGAGAACGUCCACGAGAACAUCGUGCGCUACGACGACGAGGGCGGUGGCGAGGAGGACACGGAGGCCUUCGACAUCGCCGCCAUGUGGAACCCACGUGAGGCGCACGCGGGGAAGAUCCGGCAGGACAUGCUGCCGGAGAUCGAGAGCCUGUCACGCUACGUGCCGCAGCCAUGUGUGGGUGUUGGCGACGGCAACGUGCAUGGUUACGUGCUGGCCAAGCUGUACGAGGCUGACCUGGACCCGUGCGCACCGCCCUACGACUCACUCCAGACGUACGCCUAUGAGGGCGAGGGCUCGGUGGCCGAGUCUCUCAGCUCGCUGCAAUCGGGUGUCUCCAAUGCCGACCACGACUACGACUACCUCAGCGACUGGGGGCCCCGCUUCCGGAAGCUGGCCGAGAUGUACGGCGUGCUGGAGGCGAACGCCCCGCUCUGGUAGCGGGCGGAGCCAACCCGGCCCUCUCCGCCCGCUCUCCGGCCUUUAAACGAGGAGGCUUCAUCCGCUUGCCUUUGAUUGCCCAGCUGCCUACAGCUGCUACCCUUACCGCCCCCCUCAGACGCACAGCGAACCUUUUGAGGUAACUGCCUGAGCGUAUCUUUUUUGAAGAAGAGACCACAGCGCCUUGGUGGAGGCGUUUCAAAGCUGGGCAGUGCCUCAAUGUGCUGUUCUCCGGCGAGCAAGCUGCAUAAGAAGGCUCUUUGGCUUGGAGAUUACCCAUGAUCCUCUGGGAUGAGCACGGACCCUCUGAGAGAGCCUGCUCAAGCCUCCGCCUCAAAGCUCGGAAAAAAAAAAACAGCGGUUGGAAGCGCUGGGACACUGUCUCGUUUUUUUCAAACUUUGUUUCAGUAGGAGAGGACUUUUUUUACAUAUGGUUGUUCCUAGGUAGACUGCCCCAUCUACAUGAAAAAGAGGAGAAUUUCUGUUCAUCCCAACCAAGUUUAGGGACAGGAUCGAGGAGACUGAAGAUCUCUCCUAUUCCUGCUUUGUCAUUGUAGAAAACAGUCAAUCACCCAGCUCCUUUGUAAACUCAUUGUCUGGCAGUCUUAUUUAUUUAUUCAUGUGCGGUAUUUAUAUUUUUUUAUAAAUUAUUGAAGGAAGUCAUAAAACGGACCUACA